GUACAGUAUCCCAUAUCCAAUGCAGUAUCAAAUAAGAUACUUGAUGGAUAUGGUCGGAUACAGGAAUGCUCUUAAGAAACCCAUCUUCUUCCCUGAGCACACCCCAUCCCCACCCCCACAUGACCAAUUUGGCAGCCAUGUCAUCACCACAUGAUCAUUUAAUGGUUUACUUAACGGAUUUAACAGAUGUAUGAAAUCGAAAUAAAAUGAUAAAUAAAUAUAUGAAAUUGAAAUAUUUUAAAAAUGUUGUAAGGAAUUAAAAUCAACCACAAACCUGAGGAGGUAAAAUGUAAUUUUACCCAAUGUUAUUGUUGUUGAUUCCCCAAGCAUUUUCCAUAAAUAGAUGCUAAGUAGUACGAGCAGAGACAUCUCCAACCUGCCUAUUACUUCGAGUGCAAAAAAGAUUGAGGAAUAGUAAUGGGUUCAAUGGAGGUAGCUGCAAAUCAUAAGCCUCAUGCUGUAUGCCUCCCAUUCCCAUAUCAAGGCCACAUAAAGCCUCUCCUCAAAUUUGCAAAGCUCCUACACCACAGAGGUAUUCGUAUCACCUUCGUCAACACCGAAUACAACCACAGACGCUUUCUCAAAUCUUUAGGCCCCAAUACCUUAGACGGCUUCAAGGACUUCCAUUUCGAAACUAUCCCCGAUGGCCUGCCACCUUCGGAUUCAGCAGAUUCAACCCAAGACAUCUAUGAUAUCUGUGAUGCCAUUCAAAACAAUUUAUUGGCUCCAUUUCAAAGUCUCCUCGCCAAACUAAAUGCUGUUGCAGCUUCCAACAAUACCCCUCCUGUGACCAGCAUUGUCUCAGAUGGUUUUAUGAGCUUCUCAAUCACAGCUGCUGAAGAACUUGGACUUCCUAUUGUGUUGUUCUUUCCUACUGCUGCUUGUGGCUUCAUGGGAUUCAAGCAUUAUCGUGCUCUUGCCGAAAAAGGAUUUACACCACUAAAAGAUGAGAGGUAUCUAUCCAAUGGCUACUUAGACACCGUCAUAGAUUGGAUACCGGGAAUGAAAGAUAUCCGUCUAAGGGAUCUUCCAACCUUUCUACGAACCACAAAUCCGAAUGACAGUGCGUUUUCCUUAACAAGUGAAGCAACUGAGAGAGCACAUAAAGCUUCGGCAGUUGUAAUUCAUACUUUCGAAGCGUUGGAGCAGGAUAUUUUGGAUGCUAUCUCAUCCAUGAUUCCACAUCUCUACCCCAUUGGCCCUCUUCAGUUGCUUAUUAAUCAAAUAGAAGAAGACCCUUUGAAGUCUGUGGGAUACAGCCUAUGGAAAGAAGAAGCCGAGUGCAUUCCAUGGCUCGACACCAAGGCACCAAACUCGGUUGUUUAUGUGAACUUUGGGAGUGUGGUGGUCAUGACACCAGAGCAUCUUGUGGAGUUUGGUUGGGGACUUGCAAAUAGUAAGCAUCACUUCUUGUGGGUAAUUAGGCCGGAUUUGGUCAUCGGCGAAUCAGCAAUUUUGCCACCUGAGUUUGUCGCCGAAACCAAAGAAAGAUGUCUAAUAGCAGGUUGGUGUCCUCAAGAGGAAGUACUUAACCACCCAUCAGUUGGAGGGUUUUUGACACACAGCGGUUGGAAUUCAACCAUUGAGAGCGUGACAGCUGGAGUGCCUAUGCUCUCAUGGCCGUUCUUUGCGGAGCAGCAAACAAAUUGUUGGUAUACUUGCAAUGGUUUGGGGACUGGGAUGGAGAUUGAUAAUGAUGUGAAGAGAGAUGAAGUGGAGAAGCUUGUUAGAGAGUUGAUGGAAGGAGAGAAGGGUAAGAAAAUGAAAAGGAAGGCUAAUGAGUGGAAAAAGUUAGCAGAAGAAGCCACUGGUCCCCACGGUUCUUCAAUAAAAAACUUGGAUUUUGUGGUCAACAAUGUGCUUCUAGGAAAAUACUAGAAGCAUGUGGUCUUAAUAAACCAGUACGUGGUGUUCAAAAAAUAAAAAAUAAAAAAAUAAACCAGUAUGUUGCUCAUUUUCGCUUCAUACUGUGAUCCUAUGUAUGUUGGCUUUGUUGUGUGUUUGAAAUUGAUAUGAUUGUUGGUUU